UCUCAUCUUUAAAUAUCUACUUUCUCCUCGGCGACUGAACAAAAAUUCUGACCAACUGAGUUCCGAAAAGAUAGUAGGACACCUAGAUAUCUUGAACCGGCGCUCAAAGAGGAGACCUGACCUUGGAAGAGAGACGGGGUCCUGCAGCGGGUCCUUCCCGGAGGUGACAUUCAGUGGGCUUUUGGGGCCGACGAACUAUCCAUCCUGGAGUCAUGGCCCAGUUUGUCCGAAACCUCGCGGAGAAGGCCCCGGCGCUGGUCAACGCUGCUGUGACUUACUCAAAGCCUCGAUUGGCCACAUUUUGGCAUUACGCCAAAGUUGAGCUGGUUCCUCCAACCCCUGCUGAGAUCCCUACAGCUAUUCAGAGCCUAAAAAAAAUAAUCAAUAGUGCUCAAACUGGUAGCUUCAAACAGCUCACAGUUAAGGAAGCUCUGCUGAAUGGUUUGGUGGCCACUGAGGUGUGGAUGUGGUUUUAUAUCGGCGAGAUCAUAGGCAAGCGUGGCAUCAUUGGCUAUGAUGUUUGAAGACAAAUCUUUACCAUCUGAUUAUAUUUGGUUUAAUAUUUGAGUGUUCUUGGACCAUGUGUGAUCAGGCUGCUAUCUGAAUAAAUAAGAUAAUGUGUAAAAUUCA